ACUUUUUAUAUGUCUAAUCGACUCGGUUUGUUGUUUAUAUGCUACACGAAUGCUGUGAGGUCAAACAGAAUUGUGUAGGUCUUGAACUCAAGCUCUGGACUAUUACUGUUAGCUUGCCGCUAACCCUUUAAGCGAAAACCCAUUGGAACACAUAGUGGCUAGCUAGCUAGCUGCUAAUAAGUUACCUAUAACGCUUAAUUGAUUGUUGUUUACUUUGCACAUGAGCACAUUUUGGGACGAAUGACCCAAUCCAAUAUUAGCGAUCUCAGUCACUACGCGGAGUUUGAGUAUCUAAUCAUGUAUUUAAUGAUGACUUUAUUGACAACACAAAACUGUGGGUGCUUCCAACAUAACCGCGAGCGCUAAAAAGCAAAGCCCACCUGGCUGUCCCUAGCAAAGCUCAACUUUGCUAAUGUGCAACAUUAGCGCAGCACUGCAACCGAACAAAAGUGAUUUUCCUGACCACGCCCCCCAUCCGACUUUACGCAUGCGAUUUAACGCAUGUAAUUUGUGCCGUGGACACGUACAGUUAAUCUCUGAUUCGCCUUCCGAAGCAGAAGGCGGUGCUAAUGCGCAUACUACACUGAUUCCUUAGCUCUGGAAAAAAAACUGAAAAGUUUAAACGGUUGAGAGUUUGGCGGGAAGCAACAGAAGGCCUGCAGAAAGUUACUACCUACACGGCAGCAUUCAGCAUUACUCGACUUACUGUAAGUUUUGAAUGUUAAUAUUUAUUCACUUUUACUUCUUUCAUACAUUUGUUGGUGUGUUUGUCUCAAAGAGCGUAGACCUUCUCUAAGCCCCCGCCCUUCACUGGCUUAUCACGGGAGUCUUGUAGGGCAUUGCCAACUUGGUGACGUUAAGUCAGAUAUAGGUUAGCUGCUAAAGGGCUAGCCACUUAGCGGACCACUAAUGUUACACACUCCAGUCACUAGACUAUUACGGCUGCGAGCAACCAUAUUCUUCGUGAGUGGUCUUGAAUGAAUCCUGGCGACCUAAGCUUACAAGCAAAGCAAUGAUUAUAUAUGUUUAAGAAUUGGUGUUUAAAACAUUCAAAGAAUGUGUUGCUAGUGCUACCCCCCACCCCUCAUUCCGCUAGCAGCACAGCGUGUUUUGGGGGACUUUCCCUUCAUGAUACAGACUAAAUUGUAUUUGCCAUAGUCUCAGUUUACUAUUGAUAGAUGUAUUUUGUAUUGGGUAACGUAUUUUAACGUACUAAAUGGAACUUGCACCUAAUAGUGAGGACGUGUAAAUGUUAAGUUAUAACUAAGUGUUACGUUGAAACUCUGCUUGGUGCAACCGCUUAUUUUUUAGUAGUGCGUAAAGUCGAACGCAUGGGCCAUUUACGUCCACCGUAGCCUUUUUAAAGGUUAUUAAAAGAGCAUGAACGAGCAUAAUAGGGCCUCUUAGCUCAAACUGAGUUCCUACACUAAGAGUUCACGUUCAACUGCCCGCCCACUUGUGCUGCGUCGUUUUUAAAAUAAAAUAAAUGCCAUUAUUGUUGAUUAACCAUGCAGAUAAGUGCAAGUGCUGCUGCUUUUCGUUACAGUAGGCUAAGGUUAAUUUUGCUUGAUGGCUUUAGUAGCUUGACACUGGGGAUCAAAUGAAAAGAUCAUUAACAGGGGAAUUUAUGAAUGGAAGUAUUUAUAAUUUGACACUCUUUGAAUGCUUCUAAUUGUUCAGUUUCAGAUCAGUUUAUGCCCUUUCAUCUCCCUGUUCCAGUUUCAUGAAGUUAAGACAGUUAAGGAAGACAACUGGAGAUGUGAUAAAGAUACCAGGUAAUCCAAUGAAUGUGAAUUCCUCUAUCAACCACCCCUCUUUCAUUUAAGACAUUUCAUUCAAGAUUUGUCUUAAAAAAAUGUUAAAAACUCUGUUCUGGUUUCAGCUCUACCAGAGGUUGCUCAAGUACACAUUAGAGAACAAACAACUAGUGACACAAUCUACAAGACAACAAAUGUGACCAUUGAUGGCACAGACUAUGUCUGUGGAAUGUUUCUGUCUGUAGGAGUCAGUGGUGGACUGUCGACAUUUGGCAAAAUAGAAGAGAUCUUUCUUGUGAAUCACAACGUAUCUUUUCUGUGUUGUGAUUAUGACUCCUGGUAUGUAGAACAUCUACGGUCCUAUGAGCUGUCAACUGCAGACAUAAGCCUGUCGAUCCACCUGCAGUCUGGUCUGAAUGAUACAGUCCCUCUCUGCAUACAAGAUAGACGGCUCGCUGCUGCUGACCCCCAAGCGGUUCAUUCAAGUGAGACAGAACUGAGUUCAGCACAAUGGCAGCUGCAUCCCCACAACCAAUGAUUCUUCGUGUUGUUGAGCCAGACCAGGCUAGAAAAUUAAAACUCAGCUCACGACCAACCUCUGUUGAUGCACUGAUCAACAUUAUAAAAGAACAGCUGGAAAUCAACCUUGACUUCGAUUUGCUUUACGAAGAUCCAGACUUUGAAGGGAAACUUACUUCCCUUACAGACAUUGAGGAAUUGCCACAAAAAGCUGUUGUGCACAUCUCACUUUCACAAGACUCCAGCUCUAUUGCAUCUACUGUUCUACUUUCAGAUGUGUCAUCUCCAGAGCGUCUCAGCAGGUGGCCUCCAGGUCCUUUCCCUGUUCCCACAUUUGCAUUUGAUGUUGAACUAAAACUUAGAGAUGGAAAUGCGGAAUAUAAGAAGAACAACACGCACCUUAAGUUGACAAGAGACCUAAAGCACGACAUUUUAGAAAAGCUUGCAUCUACUAUAUAUGGUUUUAAGGCUUACCCAAGUGAUAAAGAGAUUGCAAAGGCUGCUGAGGCUCUUGUAGCCAAACAUCCCUGCUUGAAGGAAGCAGGAUCUGAGACUGGCUGGAAUGGAUGGAAAAACUCCAUCAAGUUUAAGAUGGGCAAUUUCAGGAACAAGAUGAGACGGGCUGGAUGUCAGGAGGUCACUGUUAAUGCUGGAAAAAGAAGUAGAAGUUAUCCUGAAAAUGAAUCUUCACAUUCCAACAUUAAAAGACCCAAGCGAGCAGAAGUCAACUUCCUACCAAACUUUCCCCAAGGAAAGGAUCCUUCAAGCCUUGAGCAGUUGAGGCAGACAAUUGUUGAAGAAGUCAAGAAGACUGAGAAGAACCUGCCCCUCAUUAGAAAGAUGAUGGAGACCACAUUUCCCCUACGCCGACAGACCAUAGUGAUGUCCUGCCCACCAGUGAACGAGCUCAUGGACCUCUGGCCUGCUCUCAAAAUAGAGUCUGAGGUAAUAUGGAUCAGCGCUCUCUUUUGAGAAAAUAAUUGUGAUUCUUACUUAUUUGGCUGCUAUUUUCUGCUUUAUAAAGGUGUGCUAGAUUCUUCAAAUUGAA